UAUUUCGUCGCAGACGCUAUGUUCUAUUUUCUCUGAUACUUUUGGAGAGAUUUAUUGAAGCUUGAUCAAAGACCUAGAAACUUGUGGCACAUUCAAUUUGUUCUAUCACUAAUCAAAUAUUACUCUGAGUGUAGAACGGUGAGUGGCACAGAGUCGAGAGAAAUCGCACGGAUUGCGCGCCUAGGUUAAUACGUUCGUUUAGGAUGAGUCUCGGUUGACACAGUACAGAAAUGUCAUUCAAAAUCGGACAACGCGUCGAGGUCCCCGUGAAGGAAUGUCAAGGCAUGAUCGCCUACAUCGGUCAUCCAGCAUUUGCAUCGGGUAAAUGGAUCGGCGUAAUACUCGACGAACCGAAGGGGAAGAAUAAUGGCAGCGUUAAAGGGCAGGUAUACUUUAAGUGCGCAGAGAAUUAUGGUAUGUUUGCGCGCCAAACGCAGCUUAUUCUAUUGGACGAGGCUGGCAAUAGGACUGAGCCAAUUAGCCCAUCAUCUGUGGGCAGUAAUGCCACGACACCUGAUGAUAGUGCCGCUAGAGCCAGGAGUCGAUUAAAUAGUUCUCGAUUAUCCUUAUCUGGAAGUAGAACAUUAUUAAGUGCUCCAAGUACAGAAAGCCUAACUGGAUUAUCACACGAACGUAGAGACGGCGGUGAGUCAUUGAUCCCAGCGCCAACUUCGACUUCGAAGCGUGCCUCAUUUGUUGAGACAGGUUUUGUAGAAACGUUGAAACCGCAAUUCGUACCCGGUCAAGUCAUGGCGGGUUCAGCAGCGGCUGCAAACUUAGUGGAAGAAAAAUUGUCACACUUGCAACUUGUGCAAGAAAAUGAUAAUUUAAAAUCUCAGGUACGUGAUCUUACUGAGAAAGUAGAAACGCUGCGUGUAAAGCGAAUGCAAGACAAGGAAAGGAUAAAAGAUUUCGAAAAAACGAAACUUCAAAUUGAACAGCUUCUUGAAUUUAAGGCCAAAGUCAUGGAAAGUCAAGCAAGUCUCCAAAGAGAACUUCAACGAGCUCGUCAAGAAGCCAGAGAAGCUCAUGUGGCAAGGGAACAAUAUCAAGAAGAAAUGUCUGAUCUUGCAGAAACAGUAGAAAUGGCUACAUUAGAUAAAGAAAUGGCAGAAGAAAAGGCUGAAACUCUCCAAAUCGAGUUAGAGCAACUUAAGGAAAAAUUGGAGGAACAAACAUUAGAUCUAGAAAUAUUACGCACAGAAAUGUCUGAGCGGGCAGCCGGCGGUGGAUCAACUACGGGAACUUCAAGCUAUGAAGUGAAGCAAUUGGAACAACAAAACAAUAGGUUGCGUGAAACGCUCGUAAAAAUGCGCGAUUUAUCGGCGCACGAGAAACACGAAUUCCAAAAAUUGCAAAAGGAUAUGGAUCAGAAAAAAUCUGAGAUCUUGGAAUUAGGUCGUACGAAAGAAAAGUUGUCGGCGCGGGUCGAAGAAAUGGAACAUCAGAUAGCAGAUCUACAGGAACAAGUCGAUGCGGCAUUAGGAGCUGAAGAAAUGGUCGAAGUGUUAGGCGAGAGGAAAAUGGCGUUGGAAGAAAAAGUGGCUGAACUGGAAGAGGCUGUUGCAGAUUUGGAGGCUCUGCAAGAUAUGUCGGAUCAAUUGGCCGAAUCGUCCAAAGAACUAGAGCUGGAGCUUCGCGAGGAAUUGGAUCUUGCACUUGGAGCAGCACGCGACGCCCAACGACAUCGGGAUGCCGCGCUGGAGACAUUGGCGGAUCGUGAAUUGACUAUUACGAAAUUCCGUGAACUUACGCAUCAGUUGCAAGAACAAUGUUUACAAUUACAGCAACGAGUUCACUCGACGGAAUCCACCAAGACUAGCGUUCGAGGUGCGGACCAACAACUUGCGGAGAUAUUAGACUUCCAGAAGACGUUUGCUGAGACCCGAGCGCAAACCAAAGCAGUCGAUCUUGAGUUGCGUCGCUUAGACGCCGAGGAGGCGCGAAAUCAUGUGUGCUAUUUAUUGUCCUUCAUGCCUCCUGCAUUUUUGACUCACGGUGGAGAUCAUGACGCGAUAUUGACGCUUUUAUUAAUACCAAGGAUGAUACAAAAAACGGAGAUAUUGAUUUCGCAAGUUCGAGAAAAGUAUAGAUCAAUUGAAAAGAUAGACAGGACGUCUGUAGUGAGAGGACAUUCGGUAGCGCAAUAUUCGUUCAGAUCUCGUUUGUGCUCGCACAUGUAUGCUUUACAAACCACCUUGGGUUGUUUCGAGUCAGCUUUAAACUCGUGCAGUUCGGAAAUGUUACUUAAAGCGGGAGCGGCUUAUCCGGAAAUGGUGGCGCAGGAGAAGUCCUUGGACUCACUGAUAGAGCUGGCUAAAAGAGAUCAGUUGGACGAGAAUUUGCCGAUGGACGCGAUCGAGAAAUGUUGCGGAUACUUCGUCACGAUGUUCUCCGUACUCUUCGGUAAAAGUAUAGCUGUUGAUCAGGCACGCCUAAUCGUGAAUGGUACAAGAACUUUGGGCAAUACGUGCGAUGCCAUAGCUACUGAUGCCGCGGCAAUCAAAGUAUUGAUACAAGAAGAGGGUGCUGAUAUAGGUAAACUUUGUCAGCAUGUUGAAACGACAUGCGAGGUGAUCCACCAGCACUUGAAAUCAGCUAGAAGACGAGUACCACGUGAUCACGCUGGUCCAGCAUAUUCCGUAGGCGCCAAUUUAGGAUUGGAUAAAGAUUGCAAUGAACAAUUUUCUACAUGUUAUCAACAUGGUGUAAAGAUUACAAAGACACUUCAGUACCUAUUAAAGAGUGCCUUGCAUGCUGUUACCGAAAAUGGCGAUUUAGAUAUGGGAUUAUCGGCUGAUAAAUUGAAGGAGAUGGCUGCAACAUCUAGCGAAAGAGUAUACGAUACAGAAGAUUUGGGUCCUGUAGCUACUAUCAAAGCUAGUUUAACAAUAAUACAGCAACUGGCGGCAAAUUUGGCACAGAAAAUGGCGGAGUGUGAAAAUGAAUUAGCCAUAAGCGGACAAACACAAAGUCAGCAGCAAUCUACUGAGAGCGAGCAAAUAACGCCAAUUGUGGCCAGAGCGAAUUCUGUUAGGAAAGAAUCGGAAGAAACGAAAAUACUUAGCAGGAAACUCGAAACAAGAGACAAUGAUAUACGUGAGGCGAGAUUAGCUUUACGAGAGAAGCAAGAAGAAUUAUCUGAAAUGACACUGCGGAAGGAGUUGGCUGAGAAGCGUUUUGCGACGCAACAGCAUGAACAUGAAAUGAAUGUCGAAAAAUUGAAGAGAAAAUUAGAAGAGGCACAAAAUCAAUUAAAACGCAAGGAAAAAGAAUUCGAAGAAACAAUGGAUCACCUUCAAACCGAUAUUGACAGCUUAGAAACAGAGAAGGGACAAUUGAAGGAAAAGUUAAAGUCGAUUGGUAAGAAAACGAUAUCAAUGUCUGGUACAGACAGUAUGAUAGGAAGCACUUCGAUAACGAGUACUUUGGACAAUAAAUAUUAUGUACAAGAGAUAAACGCCCUCAAGCAAGCCUUGAAUAAUGAGCAUCAGCAAAAAAAGAAGAUAAUGUGCGCUGUCUUGCGUCAAAAGUUAGAUAGUUUGGAACCGUUGCUAUCGCCGAAACUGAAGUCUCUGGACAUAAAAAUUCAAGAAUUGCGAAAAAAGACUACUGAUCUCGUCAAGGAUGUGGAAAAGACUUUAGUAUAUCCAACAGUUCCCGAUUUAAGGCGUAAAGUGCCUGAAACGUCUUAUUAUUAUUUAUUGGAACGUCAAAGGAACAUUAUGCAGUUGAAAGAACGAGUUGACGAAUUAGUGGCUCAAGUACGUCGCGAGGCUAUCAAACGCACACCGGGUGGAAGAGCGGAAGCGAAUUUUACAGUGUAUCCGAAUCGCGAGAUGGCAGCAACAAUGCAGGAACGCAAAUUACUUGCCGCCGAAAUAAACAUCCCCUACAAUGGCCCGGAACAAUCCUUUUCUGUCAAUGUAGGGCCGCAAGAACUUAGGAAAAUUCACACUUUAUUAUAUUAUUAGUGUUAUAUUAUUAUACUAUAUAAGAACCCGCGUUGCUUUAUUAUUUAUUUCGUGAUAAAAUAUAUGCUCACAGAAUUCUUACGAGAUGUUUCAUG